GGAUUGUAGAUAUACUGUCGUAGCAGCGCGCGGUCUUCAACUGCCUGACGCGUCAUGGCCUCGUUUUUUGAUGUCAGCUCUAAGAGGAAAGAUAAAAAAGAAGAGGAAGAAGGCUACGGAGCAGUGUAUGCUAAGCUGGAUAAAUCUGUGGUUUUGCAAGAAGUAUUUGCAACUUAUGCUCUCUCUAUAUAUAAAUAUUUUAGGCCCGCUUGUUUAAUCAAACAACACUUAACCCAAGGAAAUGUGUGCACAUAUUGACUAAAAUUCUAGUGAUUUUGGAGCAGGUUUAAAUUAAUUCAUUAUUCUUAAACUGGAUAUAUAGAGUGAAAAGUUGGGGAAGGUAGAGGCAACGGAUGCUUUUUUCGCAAUGACCAAGUUGUUUCAAUCCAACGACGUAUGUUGUUUGAUCCUAACUUUUGUCUUCAGCAAAAUCUUCGUCGCAUGCUUUACCUAGUGAUUAAAGAAUUGUCUGCUGUUGCCGAUGACGUGAUUAUUGUUACUAGCAGGUACCUUCUCGAAUAAUAACUACUCCUCCCUAGCUUAACUAAAGAUAUGACCGGCCCAGAAAUUGCUUUUCGAGGUCCUGCAAUUCGGGCGCUUUGCACUAUUACGGAUGUAAGUCCAGGUUCAAUUUGAUUUUCUUUUUCAGGCAGCGAUGGUCCAAAGUAUUGAACGCUACCUAAAACAGGCUGUAGUAGAUAAGUCUCCUGCAAUAGCAUCAGCUGUGUUGACGUCAGCAUAUAAGUUAAUGGAUGUUUGUCCGGAUAUAAUCAAAAGAUGGACGAAUGAAGUACAAGAAGCUGCAUCGGGCUCUCGUAUAAUGGUACAAUAUCAUGCUCUUGGUCUGUUGUAUUUAAUUCGUCAAUCUGAUCGACUUGCUGUGACAAAAAUGAUUCAAAAGUUUACUCGGUCUACUUUGAGAUCCCCUUACGCCUACUGUCUCAUGGUGAGUUAUAAUUCGUUAUCUCACUUCUGUAGAUAAGGAUAGUAGCAAAGCAGUUGAAUGAAGAUGGGCACUCGUAAGUAUUCCGAUUUUUUUUAAAAAGGGAAGUGUGUCUAUUUAAUUUCCAAGUAUUCCGAAACUUAUACGUGGAAUAACUUUUUGUGGCUUAUUCAGUUUUAUUGUCGGACAUUUUUAACCACUGCUAAUGACAGGCGAGUCAUAGCGUAAAAUCCUGCACACAGAUGAGUAGGUAAGCUUUUACGGUUAGUUGUAUAAUGAAGCACAGAAUUUGGAGAAUUAUCAUAAAUACUGGAGAAAUCACGGUUAAAAACCAAUAAUUAGCACCACAAAUCCCGUGAUUUCAGGAGACAAAAGGAAUAAUCCACAAUUAUAUGAGUUUUUGGAGUCAUCUCUUCGCCAUAAAUCGGAGAUGGUCAUAUAUGAAGCAGCUCGAGCAAUAAUUAGCCUCCGAAACUUAACAGCUAAAGAGUUAGCACCUGCUGUGGGUGUUUUACAACUGCUUUGUACGUCUUCCAAACCUGCGUUACGAUAUGCUGCUGUACAUACGUUAAAUGCUGUCGCCAGUAACCAUCCUGCAGCGGUAACUGCAUGUAAUCUCGAUCUUGAGCAACUAAUCGGUGAUCCUAAUAGAAGCAUUGCAACACUUGCAAUAACAACUUUACUAAAGACGGGUAACGAGUCGAAUGUUGAACGUUUGCUAAAACAUGUAUCUCCGUUCAUGAGUGAAAUAAGCGAUGAGUUUAAAAUAGUCGUAUUGGAAUCUAUCCAUGCAUUAGCAACAAAGUACCCCAAAAAGUAUACAGUGUUAUUAAACUUUUUAUCUGGACUUCUUCGUGAUUCAGCUGGAUACACUUUUAAAAAAGCAGUUGUGGUUGCUAUCGAAUCAAUUAUCAAACAAAUUCCAGAAGCCAAAAGUAUAGGUUUGUUACAAUUAUGUGACUUCAUAGAGGAUUGUGAACAUGUUAAACUAACACAGCGUAUACUCCAUCUGUUAGGACGGGAGGGACCCUACCUCAAACGUCCUCGUCAAUUUACUCGUUACAUUUACAAUAGAGUUAUGCUCGAAUCAGCUCCCAUUAAGUGCACAGCUACAACAGCUCUGGCGAGGUUUGCUGCACACAAUGAGGAAUUACUUCCGAGUAUUCUUGUACUUCUUAAACGAAUUAUGAUUGAUGAAGACGAUGAGGUUCGUGAUCGCGCAGCCUUCUACCACUAUAUUUUAUCACAUAACCAAGUAGCAUUAAAAUCUGCUUACCUUUUAAGUGAAGAAAUGCAUCUAAGUCCAUCUGGUUUAGAGCGUGCUUUGUUGGAUUAUGUGCACAACUCACACACAGUUGCUGGUAGUCCUUUCUCUUUGGCGACAGUCCCAAUAGCUGAUAUUGUUCAGCCAAAUGAUCUUAGUUCUGCCAUUGAAUCGGAUGUUGUAAAGAUUAAAGCUAAAUCUAAUACCAUGGCUGGUGAAGGUCGAAACGCAUCACUUGUUUCUCAGAUGUCAGGGAAACGUAUUCAAGAUUCAUUUGCUGAGCAGCUGGCAUCUAUACCCGAAUUUUCUGGUCUUGGCUCCAUAUUCAAAUCUUCUUCAUUAGUAGAAUUAACUGAAUCUGACACUGAAUAUGUAGUAACAUGCAUAAAACAUUUAUUCUCAAGGCAUUUAGUCUUGCAGUUUGAUUGUGUCAAUACAAUGGCAGACCAAGUCUUGGAGAAUGUCUAUGUUUCGUGUGAGCCGGACGAUCCCAUGUUUAACAUUGUCUGCACAGUACCUUGCAAAAGCUUAAAAUAUAAUUCUCCCGCUGUGACGUAUGUUCUAGUUGAGUUGCCGGAGGAUCUAGAAUGUCAUUCUGCUACAUUUAUCAACAUAUUGAAAUUUACUAUCAAAGAUAUUGACUCUGACCCUUCGGAUCCUGGUUUGCCAGACGAAUAUCAAUUGGAAGACCUGGUCCUAGGUAUUUCAGAUCAUAUUCAACGUGUUUCGAAACAGAACUUUACAUUGGCUUGGCAGGAACUCAGUCCUGAAACUGAAGUAGAGGAAACGUAUAUGCUGGUGAAGCACAAAACUAUUAAAGAAACGAUGCGUCAAAUUAUCGAUCACCUUGGACUUCAGCCUUGUGAUCAAACUGAUCAUAUGCCUCAUGAAGGAAAGUCAUCUCAUCAGCUCCUUCUGUCCGGAGUAUAUCGUGGUGGGUACCAAGUUUUGGCCUUAUGUAAACUUGCUAAAGUAUUGUCUGAUGCAUCUCUUCAUUCAAACGAACAGGGUGUAACUUUCCAAAUCACAGUACGUUCAUCUGAUCCCGUUGUUAGCCGAAUAAUAGCUGAUGCCAUCGGUUGAGUUGUCAUACUGAAAGGCUUCCUUAUUACUAUAUGACAUAUCCUACUUAUGUAUUGUAUUAUUUCUUUGUUUCUUACAUUGGACUAUUGGUAAUCGCUUUGUUUACAAAUUUAAUCACACUACAAGGUUGUUGCUAACACCACUCGUUGAAAAGCUGUGAUUUCUUUCUUGUUAAUAAAUCUUUAUUUUGCAAUCUCUGAAUAUACAAUACAGGAUUCAAAG